CCGUCACUCUGCAGGUAGGUUAGCAGAUUUCCGAGGCGGAUAUCUCUCAUCACUUGCGACUGCUCUUUCUCUAUCAUACUUGCUAGCAACUACCUCUCGUAUUGCUGUCUCAAACUGAGGAAAGAAGGAACGAACUAAAUAACUGCAGCCGCGCACAGAGCAUUGGAUCUCGCAUCGACGUCGGGUAAAUCACUCAGCUCACCACCCAUAGCUCCUAUUUGCCUUUCACCCACGCCCACGCCCUGUGCACCGGUACAGCCUCACUCGACCGGUUCUGGUCCUGUAAAGCUGUCCUGCUCCACUCGUUUCCACACCGGCGGUGAGCUGUGUGCGAGCCCGCGAGCUUCACGCCUUGUGACGCUCCAGUCACGCCGAACAAACCAGCAAUCGACGCGUCGGACGCGAUAUCCGACCAGAACUACAAAGCGUAACAACUCCCCGGAACUCUUUCGAUCACCUCUAUGACAAGUCGGCCCAAGCCCGCUCACACCACCAUGUCCUCCCGGGCACCCCAUCGCAAUAUUAGCUGGAACCACCAUCGCGCCAGACACUUCAAACGGAAAGACAUUCGACCUGACGAGGUCGAUAACCAAGGCGCUGGCACAGGCUCGGGCGACGCAGCACAUGAUGAGAAGAAUGUUGGACAAGGAAGAGGCAAUGGCUAUAGUCAAGUUCCCAUGGUGGACUCACAUGGCCACAGAGUCAAUCAUGCCGGACACAGAGUGACGCCUGGGAUUCAACCUGAUGGCGAGAGUGGAAGGAGCUGGUUUCACCCUUGGCACUUCUUUAAGAUCAUCUGGACGAGUUCGUGUGCGGCGAGUAAGUGGACGAAUGUUUUGUGGCCGUGGACGAUUGCUGCGAUGGUGUUGUGGUUCACUCAUGGUCCCCCAUUGUGGAUCUUCAUUACGGCCUUUAUUGGCAUGAUUCCUUCUGCGAACUUGGUUGGAUUUGCUGGACAGGAAGUCGCGAGAAAGAUUCCAAAGGUUGCUGGUGUUCUGCUGGAGACGACAUUUGGAAGUGUUGUGGAGAUCAUCUUGUUCAUGGUCUUGCUCGUGCAAGGGCGAGAGGAAAACGUUCCUGUCAUUCGAGCUGCGAUUCUGGGAUCCAUUCUGGCGAAUUUGUUGAUGUGUCUUGGACUCUGCUUCUUCGUCGGAGGCAUCUUCCAUCCCCAGCAAACCUUCCACGAGGCCAUUUCGGAAGUCGGAUCGAAUCUCAUGCUCGUUGCUGGAUUUGGCCUCGUCAUCCCAACAGUCUACUACAGCUCCUUGACGAAUCGUCCCGCAAUCUUGGACGAAGUCACGUACAACACAACCAAGCUUUCGCGCGCAACAGCUAUCAUCUUACUGAUCGCAUUUUGCAUUUACGUCUGGUUCCAGGCUCGUAGCCACCACGGACUGUACGAAGAUAUUCUCGAAGCUGAUGAGGAACGCGACCAUGACCGGCAUAAGGACCUGGCCAAGCCGAAGCUGACCCUCACUGAGAGUAUCAUUGCGCUGAUCAUUGCGCUCACCUUUGUCAGUUUCAUGGCUGUAUUCCUGGUCAAGGAGAUUCACUACAUGGUUGAGGAGCGCGGGAUACCAGAUGCCUUCAUUGGCCUGAUCAUGGUACCGCUUGUCGAAAAGGCAGCAGAACACAUCACCGCCAUCGACGAAGCAUACGACAACCAGAUGAACUUUGCUCUCAGCCACGUCCUAGGCGCCAGUAUUCAAACUGCACUUCUCAACGCACCACUGGUCAUUCUGGUUGCCUGGGGUAUUGGUGUGCAGAACAUGGCAUUGAACUUUGAGCAGUAUGACGCUAUCGUCCUCAUUAUUGCCAUCAUUGUGGUCGGGAAUUUCCUGAGAGAUGAGAAGAGUGACUAUCUGGAAGGAGUGCUCUGUGUCAUGGUGUAUGCGCUGAUCGCCAUCGGGGCUUGGUACUAUCCCAAUCCGCAAGAGGGCGGCGCUCCAGCUAGUGGCGGCGGUGGCGCUGAGGCUGCUGAGGCUGCACACAGGCUGAUGUUCAGUUGAGCGGAUACGAUCGUGCGUAAUGCACGGUCUCUUCAACUUUCAGACUGGAGGCCAGUCUGACAGACGUACUUGGGGAGUGGGCAAGCGAGCGAUGGUGUUGGAAGGCGUUUUGAUGUUUUUGCCCCUCGAGGCCUGGGUCGUUGCUUACUUCAACUGUCAUUUUUUUUUUACCUCAGCACUUCACAUGGAUGACAGAGCGAGACUGUACCUAAAUCAGGAAUCAAACAGAACUGGAAUCUUACUGUCCAAAUUGCCACAAG